AUGAACACCCUCACUGUCAUCAUUACCCUUGCGAGCCUGUGGCUAUCUCGAGCCCUGGGCCAGCUUACACCUUUGAAUCAAUUCUUCAAACCCCCCACGUUCCCCAACGAGCAGACUGAGAAUGUCACCCGGUACCUGAAUGAAGCGGCAGCUCAGGCCGUGGACGGCUCCAUCCACCAAUACUUCCAAGACCAAUGCAUUACCCAGCAACUCUAUCCACCUCUUUUCACAUGGCCUUCUGGGUAUGUGCAACCUUUCUCGCCAUUUGAGGGUCUAUUCUUUGUUGGCCACAGCGGUGUCUCCGCCUGGGCUUACAACACGACUGAGGGGAUCGUCCUGAUCGAUACCCUCGACAACGAGGAUGAGAUUAGGGCAAUCCUAUUGCCCGGACUGCAAUCCUUCGGACUCAAUGGGAGUGAAAUCAAACACGUGAUUAUCACGCACGAGCACGCCGAUCACUACGGGGGCGCAAAAUAUCUACAAGAUACGUUCAAGCCCGCCGUGUACGCUUCAGAAUUGGCCUGGAAAAGCAUGGCUGCAAUGGGAAAGAAUGCCACCCCGCCAGUUCCCACAAAAGACAGAAUAUUGGCGGAUGGAGAUAAUCUCAGCGUUGGAGGAGUGGACUUCCAUAUCGUUCUCACGCCAGGACAUACCCCUGGGUGUUUAUCGCUGAUUUUUCCCGUCUCUGAUCAAGGCAGACAGCACAUGGCUGGGCUAUCUGGUGGCACGGGUACGCCAGCAGACGCAGCAUCUCGGGAACAAAAGAUCCGAUCUCAGUAUAAGUUCGCAGAUAUCUGCCAAGGCAGAGGGGUUGACGUCCUUCUUUCCAAUCACCAAGUCGCCGAUCACGCUCUGUUCCAUGCUGAUAUACUGGCGCAUCGCACCCAGCGUACCUCGAAUCCAUUCAUUAUCGGUGUGGAUAAUUUCGAUAAGUAUAUGAAGAUUAACGCCAUAUGUAGUAAGGUAAUUGCAGCGCGCGAGGGACAGGAUUUACAGAUUUAA